GUGCUCGAAAAAUAAACAUAUUCAAAGUCCUUUUCAGCCACACUUUGUAGUUGCUUCAAAAAAGCACUAAACGUGACAUUGGUGUUGAUUGACAAGUAUGACAUUCACGUGUGGUGUAUGACGACAAUAUUUUUACGUACAAUGUUAUUCAGUUAAUGCGAGUUGGUACCAACUAGGGUCUGAAGAUAGCGUAUGCGAUGCUUCCAUCACUGCAGAAAUAUUUCGCAACUGUUGGUAUACCCACGAGACGAUGUGUAUGAUAUGAAUAAUUAACACAACUAUUUGCGUGGCCUGAAAUGUUUGUUUUGCAACUACACUUCUUUACGGGAAAUUCCCAUCUUCAGCGACAGUCAGCUGUAACAAUCCAAACGGGAACGAUGGUUGUCUUGGAAGACUCUUUGAAAUGGGCUCACCUUCGAGGGAGCACAAUCAAGGAUCAGUUGCGGAAGCUCCGGAAGGACUUGUUUGAUGGAAACUAUUUCCCGAUGCUGGAGAACUUUCUGAUGAUUCCAGGCGUUUGUUUGUCUCCCGAGAUGAAACCUUGGAAGCGGAGAGUCUGCCGAACCAUCAACGUGAUAAGCGUUCUGCAAAUUGCUCUAACCAUCGGAACAUGGAAGCGAAAUCCCGAUGUUCUGCAAAUUGCGUGGUAUGUGCUCAAAGUGUUCGGAGUCACAACGUGCAGUCUCAAAGUUUUGAUGUUGAUGCGGUUUGCCGAGCCGAUCCGGAGAGUACAGAGUUACAUUAUGUCCAAGUCCACGGUCGCCGACGUUGAGCAGUACGAAGCAGUUGUUCGCAAAAAGUUUGGGAGAUCCGUUCAGAGCCUCAUCGUGGCCAUAUUGACAAUGGUGAUAAUAGACGUGGUCACAAUUUGCGUGCCAAAUUCACAACGUAACAAGCUUCUGGCGAUUCCUUCGUUCUGUUUGGUUUUUGGAUCUUUGUGUUAUGAAACUUUGCAUUGUCUGUACAUAUUUUUCGUACCAUUGAUUUGGAUUCCAAUGUACUUGAGCUAUCCUCUUGUGAUGGGAAUACUGUUGACUGGUUUGCGAACUGAACUGCAGAUUCUUCAGCACCGCAUCGAAAGUUUAGUGCACCGGACGAAACCGGAGCUUUUCCAAGAUGAUUACUGGAAACAACUGAAGAACGUAGUCCGUGAUUUGGUUAUGCAACAGCAAGAUCUGUUCAGGCAUUUCCAGAUUGUUCGACAAUUGGUUGGGAUUGGAUUCUUCAUUUCAUAUCACUUUGCAAUUUUCUUCAUUGGAGCCAUGUUGUUUUUCGCCAAAAUGCAGAAUGUGGCUUUUUUCCUUGUGUUUAUGCUUUCAACAUUCAUGAUUGUUAUCUUCGAGUGCUACUGCUGGUGUCAUCUGGUGGACUCUCUCGGUAAUGUCCUUGAUGCCAUUGGUCAAAACAUAUAUUGGUUGUGCACUACACUACCGUACUCUCACGAACACCACUCUGAAUUUGUGGCUAUGCGGACUAGCUUGAUGAUCAUCUUGAUGAACACACGCAGAGGUGCACAAGUGAAUUGCCUCGGGAUGUUUCGCAUUUGCUUCGAGAAAUUCGUCAGCUUGUGUAAUACUAGUUAUACAGUUUUUACGUUUUUCAUCAGCAUGCGUUAAACUAAGCAGAUUAGUUUGGUGUUUGAAUUACAAAUAUUAUUACCACUAAUUGAAUGGAAUUCGUCACUGGAACUGUACCA